CGAAAUAUUCCAGGUGGGAGUGAUUUAGUUGCCCACUGGUAAGAGUCAGAUAUACACAGCUAGGAAUCAGCUGGCGAUGGCCAAAAUUUUGACCUGUUUGGUGAUCAUUGUUGCAAGUUAUCUCCAUCAUGGGCAUGCAGAGCAGAAUAUUCUGGAGCAGGGUAAACUUGCUAUUGUUGGAGCAAUCGCCAAAGCUAAGGAAAUUGCAGAUCGUGGCGUAAGCGUCCAGUCAGAACGCCAACAGUCAUAUGAUGUUUUCGGUAUGAAAUUUGACACGAGCAACGGUGUAGGAACUGGAUUCGGAGAUGCUGUCACACAGAAGAAUCUUAACAGUUUCGAGGACGAUUUGAAUCGUCGACGGAAACGCACCCUUGGCGUUCUGGAUUCAUUGCGAAAAGCAGGUCUUUUUAAUUCCAAUUCCGCUGUAGGGACCAACGUGAACAUUGUGAAAAUUAACAGCGUUUCCAAUGUUAACAACUAUGGCCCGACGACGAUCGCGGAGGUAACGACUGAAAGUGCCAAGCGCCGAAGAUGGUUGACUGGUGAUAAGCCUCACGUGAUGGUUUACGAUGAGAUUGAUAGAAAAGUAUCGUACAGUACCAGCGACAUCCAGAGGGAUAAAGAUGGAAAAUUUCAUACCCAUACGGAGGGCGGAGCUAAUUCUAAUCAUUUGGUAGAAGUAGUGCAGAACGAAAUCGAUGGACCUGUCGUACGUAAUAGAAGAUCUGUUCAAGUGAAUCCAGAUAAGGAAAAUGCCAAACUGAACUAUUUGUUUGAUGAUGAUACUGACAAAAAAAUCGGUCCACUAAGGAUUAAAAGAGCUUUGGUUUUAAGUUAUUUGAAAAGUAAAAUGUCAUACUUUACCAGCGACCAGGAAGUCAAAUCGGAUGGUUCUAUGAAAGCUCACACAGCUGCUGGAUCCGAUGAGCAAACAAUGAGUAAAAUUUCCGAGCAACCCAGUUUAGACGAUGGGCAUAGAGCGAAACGUUCUCCUCAAGACAUGGACACCGAUGUAAUAACAACUGAACCACCUUUUCGCAAUGACACAAGAGGACCCCCUCGUGGAGGAUGCGACAGAGGAGGUCGUGGAGGACGAGGUGGUGGUAGAGGUAAUGGUGGUGAAGGUGGUGGCGGUGGUGCGGGCGGCGGUCGUCGAGGACCAGGAGGGCCGGGUAGGAGCCAAGGCAGAGGUCCCCCACCACCACCAUCUGAAGAAGACUACGAUGAUGAUCGGGAGAACCGGCGAAAACGAGAAGCCGAUGAUGAGAAUAAAAGUGGUUCCAGUUAUUACAGCGAUUCAUCUAGCAGUGAAGAAACGUCGCCACAACGAAGGAAGAAACGGGCAAUCAAUGCCAACUCAAAUGGUGGGAAUUUGGCUGAUAGUGAUUCAAGUGAUAUUAGUAGUUCCAGCCUAUAUGACGGUUCGUUUAGCAUGGAGUCCAGUGAAUCGUCGAGUGACGAAGAUGAGGAUUCGUAUCCGAAUACGGGAGGUGAAACCACACAAGACGACGCCCAGCGAGUGAGGCGUUCGCCCUGUAAAGGAAGAAAUCCGGCAACCACACUUGCACCGGAAGAUCUGCAAAGGAGAAAACGCGAAGCAGAGUCCCAUUCAGAGGAAGAAGGAGAUGAGGGUAAUGGGAAAGUGGAACGUGAUGUUUCUUUUUUAACAGACGUGAUGGAGAAAUUUUUCAAGGCCAUGAAAAAAGUAGCCGAUACCGCUAGGCAGGUGUUCAGUGGUGGAAGGCGAGAAGUAGAAAGCAGCAAUCCUGAUGCGGAAAGAAUUUAGUUGAGGCUGAAUUUUGUUGAAUAAAAUGAAAGUUCAAAUUUGUUUGAAAUAAAAAUUUAA